ACUCAAGUAAACACCACUAAAACAACACUAUCCAAGGACCGAUCCGCUUUUAACUAACUAUAUAUAUACAUACAUAUAUAGCGUCCAUCAGAACAUACACCCACCUCAACAUGUUCCAAGCCCUCAAAGAAAGCAUGACAGAAAAAGUACAAACCCAACCCAAAGACGCGAACGGGCAACCCAGCACACAAGAAAAAGUGCUCGCGCAAAUCAACGAAAAAAUAAAAGCCGCCCAAGAAGCCAGCGAAAACGCAACCGAAGCACGAAAAAAAGCAGACUCGCUUCCAGAUUCCGAAGAUGCGCAGGAGCAAAAAGCGAAAUUAGUGGAGGAAGCGCAGAAAUUGGAGAAGAGGGCGCAUUCGGAGUUGAAAAUUGCUCAGAGGUUGCAGAGUGGCGUUUGGCAGGGUGGUGCUGGGGGUGCGGGGAUAGGUGCUGGGGUGGGCAUGGGGCUGGGUACUGUGGUGGGGAGUGUGGUUGGGGGUUGUGAGUGUGCCAACUACAGGGUUGGGGUUGUUGGCUGAAUGGAGCAGGAGGAUGGAUUGGGGAGGAUGGGAGAUGGAGGGAUGGAAGAUGGGGGGAGAUGGGAAAAGAAAGGGAGUGGAAAAAGGGAGGAGAAGAAAAGAAGGAAAGAAGGAAGGAGAAAUGGAAGGAAGAAUUUUCCAGAGACGAAUCUCGAAUCGAUUCCACAAACUCGAACUCAAGACGCGAUGUUUUAUUCCCACCUAUUAUCACGAAACAAAAAAAUCAAACCUCUGAGAUGGAAAGUUGAAGAACACAUUAUACGAAAUCACGGCCUCAUUUGCAUGUAUUAUAUAAUUAUUAGCGUAUUUCGGAGUUAUAUGGAAUUAUGAACAAACGAACAUUUUGUUAAUUGGAUAUCAUAAAUUAGGAUGGAUGAUAUAGUGAGUGCUUUUGUCGGUUUCUUGUUGUAUGAUUAUAUAUCUUAGCUCGAUCGA